AUGAAGGUGCUCCCUGCAUCUGGCCUCGCUGUCCUCCUCAUCACGGCUUUGAAGUUUUCCACUGCAGCCCCCUCCCUAUUCGCAGCCACCCCCAGGACCUGGAGGAACAACUUCCACCUUGCACAGGCUUAUCUUGACAAGUAUUACACAAGGAAAGGAGGAUCCCAGAUUGGUGAGAUGGUUGCAAGAGGAGGCAAUUCCAUGGUAAAGAAGAUUAAGGAGCUACAAGCGUUCUUUGGCCUCCGAGUCACAGGGAAGUUAGACCAGAACACCAUGGACGUGAUCAAGAAGCCGCGCUGCGGAGUUCCUGAUGUGGCGAAUUAUCGUCUCUUCCCAGGUGAACCCAAAUGGAAAAAAAAUACUUUGACAUACAGAGUAGCCAAAUACACAUCUUCCAUGACUCCUUUUGAGGUGGACAAAGCCAUAGAGAUGGCCCUGCGGGCCUGGAGCAGCGCUGUGCCUCUGAGCUUUGUCAGGGUCAACGCGGGAGAAGCGGAUAUCAUGAUAUCUUUUGAAACAGGAGAUCACGGGGAUUCCUACCCAUUUGAUGGGCCUCGGGGGACUCUAGCCCAUGCAUUUGCUCCUGGAGAAGGCCUGGGAGGAGAUACUCAUUUCGACAAUGCUGAGAAGUGGACUAUGGGAACGAAUGGUUUCAAUUUAUUUACAGUCGCUGCUCAUGAAUUUGGUCAUGCUCUGGGCCUGGCCCAUUCCACAGACCCAUCAGCACUGAUGUACCCAACUUAUAAGUACCAGAAUCCCUUUGGAUUCCGCCUCCCCAAGGAUGACGUGAAAGGGAUCCAGGCGUUGUACGGACCUCGGAAACCAUUCCUGGGCAAACCUACUAUGCCCCACAUCCCUCCUUAUAAGCCAUCCAUCCCCGACCUCUGUGACUCCAGCUCAUCUUUUGAUGCUGUGACGAUGCUGGGAAAGGAGCUCUUGUUCUUCAGGGACCGGAUUGUCUGGCGGCGGCAGGUUCACUUGCCAACAGGUGUUCAGCCCAGCACUAUCACCAGCUCCUUCCCCCAGCUCAUGUCCAAUGUGGAUGCAGCUUACGAAGUGGCUGACAGGGGCACCGCUUACUUCUUCAAAGGCCCCCACUACUGGAUAACAAGAGGAUUCCAAAUGCUAGGUUCUCCUCGAACGAUUUAUGACUUUGGCUUCCCAAGGUAUGUACAGCGAAUAGAUGCUGCUGUCUAUCUCAAGGAGCCAAAGAAGACCCUUUUCUUUGUGGGAGACGAAUACUACAGCUAUGAUGAACGAAAAAGGAAAAUGGAAAAGGACUAUCCAAAGAGUAUUGAAGAAGAAUUUUCAGGAGUAAAUGGCCAAAUAGAUGCUGCUAUGGAAUUAAAUGGCUACAUUUACUUCUUUUCAGGACCAAAAGCAUACAAGUAUGAUACAGAGAAGGAAGAUGUGGUUAGUGUGAUGAAAUCGAAUUCCUGGAUCGGUUGCUAA